UUUGCCGGCAAAGAGUUACGUCCCUUCCAAAACAAAAGCCACGUCUACUUUCUAACAUACGAAAACAGAUUUUUGAGCGAUUACAAGAUGAACAGGGUUAAAAGGAACCAUCACAAUUUAUUUUCAGUUGCUUUUGUGAUUAUUCUGUCUGUAAUUUUACUGAGGUCUGGUAUUAACGCACACGGACAUGCUCACUCUCAUGACGAGCAAGAUGAGCCCAAUCCAUCCUUUAAAUAUUCAAAGCAAGCAAACGUAGAGAAUGACCACGGACACGCACACGAUCAUGGUCACGCACACGAUCAUGGACACGCACACGAUCAUGGACAUACACAUGACCAUGCACACGAUCAUGGACACAAACAUGAUGCACCUACAAAAUCCUCCCAGAAGUCAACAGGAUUGGUACUUUGGCUACAGGCUUGUGGUGCCACAGCAUUAAUUAGUGUUUCACCAAUUGUAAUUCUUUUGUUUAUUCCAUUGGAAAAUGCAUAUGAUGCUAAAAAUCAAAAUCUACUGAAAAUUCUUCUCAGUUUUGCAUCUGGUGGUCUUCUUGGUGAUGCAUUUUUACAUCUAAUUCCUCAUGCAGUAUCACCCCACUCACAUGGAGAUGGUGAUGACCACGCACACUCACAUUCUCAUGGGCAUUCUCAUGGAGAAGGAGGACAUGAGCAUGGUCACGAUAUGACAGUUGGAUUAUGGGUCCUUGCUGGAAUCGUUGUUUUCCUGAUGGUUGAAAAAUUUGUGAGGUAUAUAAAAGGAGGACAUGCUCAUAGCCAUGGACCACCAAAACCAGUCAAAAGUGAAAAGAAAGGGGAAGGUGAUGAAGAUGUUAAAGGCAAAGAAACUAAAGAUUCAAAGAAGAAAAUUGAAAAAACAGAAGACAAACAAGUAACAGAACCUGAAGACAUUAAAGUUGCUGGUUAUUUAAAUCUUGCUGCAGAUGCUGCUCACAAUUUUACGGAUGGUUUGGCAAUAGGUGCUUCUUUUCUAGCUGGUAGAAAUAUAGGAAUUAUUACAACUAUAACAAUAUUCUUACAUGAGAUACCACAUGAAAUAGGAGAUUUCGCUAUCUUAGUAAAGUCUGGGUGCACAAAGAGAAAGGCAAUGUUGUUACAAUUUAGUACAGCAAUUGGUGCUAUGAUGGGAACAGUUUGUAGUCUUUUAGCCGAGGGAGGAGGAGAUGCAGCCGUAGCAUGGAUCCUUCCAUUUACAGCUGGAGGGUUUAUAUACAUUGCAACAGUAUCUGUCAUUCCUGAAUUGUUGGAAGAUACCAAACUAGGACAAUCUAUAAAGGAAAUAGGAGCAUUGUUAGUUGGUGUAUAUAUGAUGUAUCUGAUAGGUCUUUAUGAAUAGGUAUUACUGUAGAUAUGUUUAGGAAUUUUAAUUUCUUCUUUAGAUAUUGUUUUUUUUUAACUUCGUUUUCAUCUAUUUUAUAUGUUUAAACAAAUUUUUUCACAGAACUUUGUGACAAUUUUUGACUGCUCUACUAUCAUGACUAUCCUUUUACAAUAUUUAAGGGUUAUGAAAAUUAAGCUUGCCUGGAUUUAUCUUGAUUAAGAAGUAUGAAAGUUGAAUAAAAAAACUACUUGAUGUAGUAAUAGGUUCAAUACUAGUCACAAUUGUAGUUGUUUUGUAGCUUUAGUGUUUAUUGUUUAUGAUAGCCUAGCUGUCAAGAUAUAUAUGUAUAUGUUAGACAUUUUAAUUUAACUAAUGGUAUGAGGAUUAAACUCUACAUUUACCCUGUUUUUGUAAUGUUGCUAAUAAUGAAUAUGCAAGUGAGAAAUUCAUACAAGUAAAACUAACAUGCAUUUUGUAUGCAUCUGGUAAAAUACACAUCACUGCAGCCACCAGUUUAUUCUAUUUGAUCAUGUAUAACAGAUUUUUUACUCAUCUUAAUUGAACCUGGGUGGGAAAGAAAAUAUUGUCUUAAUUUGACAACUGGUUAAAUACAAGCAUUCAUGUAUGUCUUGAUAUGUUUGUACAGUUUAUUUACACAUUUUCUAAUGUAUAUUUCUUUUAUAAAACUUUAAUCUUACAAUCUAUGCUUAUUACAGUUAUUUUUUUAUUGCUUAGUAUAUCAAAUAUCUCAUUUGAUCUCAAUUGGUGAUUCUGGAUGAAAAGUCUGUGGCUCUUUAGAAUCAAUAUUCUUUAGAUUUACUGUAAAAUAUUACAAUGUUUGCUAUCAAAUCUCCACAAAAAAUCAAAAUGUGUGUAUCAUCUAUUUUUCUUUCUUUGCAUUUAACAAUCAUGAUCUAGUGAAAACUCAAUGUACAAAUAUUGAAUAUAUAUACAAACUGUAUACUUUAACCUGUGUGUUUUCAAUCCUAUAAAAUUGGUUGUUAUUGUUUUGUGCCAUAUGCUUAGAUGACAGCUGUCAUUUGCAAUUGCUGUUAUUUUUUUUUUUACAUUAUUAUCAAUUACAAAUAGUUCAAUCAUGUUUUUUGAUUAGUCUUUUUAAAAUGUCAAUUUUCUGCUUUCAUUAGAGCAUUUGAUUGAGUUCAAAAAAAAGCUAGCAUGAUCAGAUAAAAAUCAGUUUAUGACCUCAUGAUGUUUUUAUUUCAAUGUAAAGCAAUUUUAAAAAUUGUAAAGCAUAAUUUCAAAAAUCAUUUGACACAGGAAUGAAAUACAUCUAUGGCAUGUAUUAAGAGUUCAUAUAUGUUAUGGUUGAAUUGAUUAAUCUGUUUGAAUAAUCUCAAAACUUUUUUUUGAAAUAUUGGAAACUCUGAAUUCUUCUGAAUAAUGAAAACUCUAAACUGUUGUAGAAUGGUCAAUACUCAUAUCUCCAGAAAAUGUCAUUCCUAUUCCAAAAACAUUCCAGUAGUCUACUUCAAUUACAGGUACUUUUUUAUGCUUUGAAUUGCUGUAACCAAAUGAAUACAAUCUUUAGUUCAUUUUGUAUGUGACAAGUGGCAGUUGCAAUUAUUUCCAAUCUUAAUUAACUAGAAUUGUCAGAUUUCCUGCCAAAUGUCUGUGGUUUUCUCUGGACACUCUUGACUUUCUCCAUCAGUGAAAACUGACUGCCAAGAAAAAGCUGAUAGUUCUGAAAGGUGCAUUUAACACCAAUCAUAAUAAAUUUACAUAGGCUAUGCCUGUUGUCCAAUCCAAUUCAAUUUGUUUGAAUAAAUACUGUUUUAACUAACAUCUAACAAUCAUUUUGUAUGGAGUUAUAAAAUGUCUCAAUCAUGCUUUAUAUAUUUUGAAACUGAUUAGUUCUUUGUUAUUAAAUAAAAUAACUAAUUUCAAAUAAAAAAAUGAAGAAAACACACAUGCAUUAGUAUUACAAGAAAAUUGAUUAUACAACUUCUUUUAUUUAACAACGAAGCAUUUUCAUCUGUUACAUGUAUGUUGUUUAAUGUAUAUUUGUAUUUAACUUUUAAAUGUUUGUCAACUAAAAUGUACUGCAUAUUUUCUUGUAAUGUUUAAUAAAUGGCAGUUUAAGCAAUAGAUGUGAUCAUGUGUGGAUGAUAAUACAGUGUAAAAAAGAUAAAAAGAUUGAUUUUAAACUCUUGUCAUGAUCUGAGUUCUAAAUAUAAAAAAAAUAUUGUUACAUUUAAUCAUACCUGUUGUAUUUGGAUGAAGGAUAAGUUUUUAUUUUGAGAUUGCAAUUGAUGGAAAAACCCAAAUAAUUGUUAAUAAUUUCCUUUUAACAUUUCAUCUCUUGAAUAAUAUAUUCUUAUUUAUAAAAGGGAACAUAUUUGUUUGUCUUCACAGAAGUUAUAUAUUGUCAAUGGGAGUGACAAAAAUAGUUUUUUCUUGCUCAUUAAACACACAUAAAUAAGAUAACUUCUUAUUUUACAAUGCUGUACAAAGUAGAAAGUACUGUCAGUUUCUUAUUCCCAAUGUAACAUAAAAUAAGAAACAUUUAACAAGAUGCAGUUCAUGAUGAGACCCUGGUAGUUAUUUUUAUUUGACCUUUACCUCAUUAUUAUUUUUAAGUAUUAAUUUUUAAUAAAGAACAAGCUUAUCAGUAGUCUGCAUGAUAUGCCAAUAAGAUUGGUUGUAAGUAGAACUUUCAGGUCACACAUAUCACAUGGCCUUGAACUCAGUUUUACACUCUUAGUGGUAAUCAGUCAAAUUGAGGUUUGUUCCAAGGUAUGAGACAUGGUUGAUAGUAAACAAUAAUUUAUUGGUAUAUGGAUUACUAUUCAAGCAUAUGCGACAAAGAUUAAAUUAUUUUUUUAAGAUAUGUAAGAGCACUUUCAAACAAUUGAUAAUUUGUUAUCUUCUAUAGGAUUAUAUACUUAUUGUUUGUAGUACAUGCCAUCAUUUUAGAAUGAUAAAUGAUUAAUAGUACUCUACCCACAAUGUAAUAACUGAGACAUCCUAUAUAUUUAACUUUUUUUUUUCUUCAAUGAAAAUUGUCACUUUGUCGGUUUUCAGACUUUCAACAGUCUUUAUAAUGAAUGGUUACAAUCCUAAUCAUGCUUACAUUUAAUAGCAUUUAAACCAAAUUAAAUUUUGUAGCAACUA